GAAUUUAAAACAAGACAAAAAAAAUCUACGUCCGUUUAAUUUACAAUACAUAAAUGAACAUAAACAUAAAACAUACAUAUUUAUAUAUGAUAUUCAACUGUGCGGUGUUUUAAAGCAAGGGAGUGCUGCCACCCUUACCCACCCGCAUGUAGUGGCAUGCCCCGCCCAGACUAUCAGCAUCUCGGUCACUGGCUGUAGAGAGGACUCGGGAGUCUGGAGAAGCAGGGCAGGCAGCGCUCACCUCUCAGCCUCCCGCGUACGUCCGAGACUUAGCUAAAGCUGCUUCCUCGGCAGUGGAGGUGAUGAUGGCGGCGGCAGUUGAGAGAGGAGUCGGCGCUCGGGCCGCUUUCCUGAGCCCGAACAGCGGUGUGGGUUGCAUACCAGCACCGACAACGCUCCCUACCGGAUCCUUAGCCGGAGCUAUAGUCCUGGGCUCGGGCUCCGGUGGCAUGCCCGUGCCUAUGAACCUCUUCGCGACCUGGGAGAUAGAUCGCUCGUCCCCGAACUGUGUGCCGAGGCUCUGUAGCCUUACCCUGAAAAAGCUGGUUGUGCUUAAAGAACUGGAUAAAGAACUGAACUCGCUAUCCAUUGCUGUCAAAAUACAGGGUUCGAAACGUCUUCUGAGAUCCAAUGAGUAUGUGCUCCCUCCCAGCGGACUAAUGGAGACAGAUCUAGAACUCACAUUCUCACUACAGUAUCCCCAUUUUUUGAAGAGAGAUGCCAACAGACUACAAAUAAUGCUUCAAAGGAGGAAACGCUACAAGAAUCGAACCAUCCUGGGCUACAAGACAUUGGCUGUGGGGGUUAUCAACAUGGCUGAGGUGAUGCAACACCCGACAGACGGAGGCCAGAUUCUGGGUCUCCAUAGCAACGUAAAGGAAGCGCCAGUACGUGUGGCGGAGAUCAGCGUGUACUCUCUUUCCAGCCAGCCCAUAGACCACGAGGACAGCAGUGGUCAAGCUGGCCGAAAGACUAAAACCUCAGACCGCUCUCCAGACAUGGACAACUACUCGGAGGAGGACGAUGACAGUUAUUCAUCAGAGCAAGAAGGCAGUGAUGAUGCAGGUCAUGGCCAGGAUCUUUAUGACGAAGACGAUGAAGUCCGGAAGCCCAAGAAAGCGCGGAGGAAAAUGAUACGAACCACCUCCAUGACGAGGCAACCCAACUUCAAGCAGAAGUUUGUGGCCUUGCUGAAGCGGUUCAAGGUAACAGAUGAGGUCCUAGACUCUGACCCGGUAGAUCAGACCCAGGAAGUAGAGGAGGAUCUGGACUUACUCUAUGACAGUCUAGAGGUGUACAACCAGAGUGACAGCGGACCAGAGAUGGAAGACAAUGAGAGUGUGUUGAGCACACCCAAACCUAAGCUCAAGCCAUUUUUUGAGGGAAUGUCUCACUCCAGCUCCCAGACAGAGAUCGGAAGUAUACACAGCCAAAAAAGCCAACAGAGGGAGAUGUCUUAUGCUAGUGGAGACUUUCUCACUGUGGACAGAUGUAAAGUCCAAGGGGCUUGCUAUCAAGAGGACAGCGUCAAAGACACAACCAUUGCGGAGCCAGAGGCAGAUGAGAGCGGGCCAGGGCCAGGGGAGGUGAGCAACUGGGAUGGCAACACUGAACGGAUAACUAGCACUGUUGGCAAGCUUUGCAAGACAGAGUCCCAAAACCACAUGUCUCCAAGUAAAAUGGAGAACAGGCUGCAGAGGCGUCCGCGCAGCACCUCAAUGAAAGACAGACAGAAUUCCAAGGCCCAAAGCGACCGGACCAGCAGCAUAGACAGCGAGUGCUCCCCAGAGUCGCGACUUAUAGCACAGGUUCCCAGGAAGUCUGUGUACGACCAACUGAACCAGAUCCUCAUCUCUGAUGAACGCUUGCCAGAGAGCAUCAUCCUCAUCAACACCAUGGAGUGGCAAGGACAGUACGUCGCUGAGUUGCUUCAUGAACAGGCCCAGCCCAUCGUGUCCACCUGCUCAGCUGCAGACGUCCAGGCCGCCUUCAACACCAUUGUUACUCGCAUUCAGAGAUUUUGUAACUGCAAUGCACAGACUCCGCCUACAAUGAAAGUGGCAGUAGCUGGUGACCAGAGUUAUCUCAGCACCAUCCUGAGGUUCUUCGUGGAACAACUCGCAAACAAGACACCUGAUUGGCUCAGUUACAUACGCUUUCUGGUCAUCCCCAUUGGCUCUCAUCCUUUGGCUAAAUAUGUGGCCUCGUUUGACAGCAAGUUUAACUGCAUCUUUAUGGACACGGCAUGGAGGGAGUUGUUCUGCAGGACGGAACGGCCCACCUCAGAUAACAUUGAUGUAGCGGGGCGUGUUGUUCAAUAUCUGGCCGGUGCUAAUGUGUCCCAUCAGUUUCCCAUCUCUGAAGCCAUGCUCACCUACAAACAGAAAAGGAAAAGAAGUUUGUAUUUUGAUUUUUACAUCAGCCCGGACGAGGACUCCUGUCAGAAAUUUGUGCCAUUUAUUGGGGUUGUGAAAGUCGGGAUUGUGGAGCAAAGCCUCUCAACCUCUGUGGAUUCUGAUGAUGCAAUGGGGGGCAACACAAGCAUCUUGGCCUCCCCCACACCCCCAUCGGCUGGUCCAUAUGGGAAGGAGAUUGGGGGAACGCCCCCACAGUCGCCCUCUGUGUCCACCGCCCUUUCCGGAGCUGGCUCUCCGUGUUCCGGCAGUGAAGUGAUGGGCCUGCAGGUGGACUACUGGACGUGGCAAGGACCCGAGAAGAAGAAAGAAGGAGAGAAGCGAGACGUGGGACUGAAGAACACGCUGAAGAGUAACUUCCGCUCCCUCCAAGUCAGCCGUCUGCCAUGCGGAGGGGAGCUGACCCCCCCACCCAGCAUGGCCAUGACUGUUGUCACCAAAGAGAAGAACAAAAAAGUUAUAUUUCUCAGCAAGAAGCCUAAGGAGAAAGAGCUGGACUCUAAGAGCCAAGUGAUCGAUGGCAUCAGCAGGUUGAUCUGCACAGCCAAGCACCAGCACACAAUGCUGAGAGUCACUAUCGACGGAGUGGAGUGGAACGAUGUCAAGUUUUUCCAGCUUGCUGCCCAGUGGCCAACUCAUGUCAAGCACUUCCCAGUGGGAAUCUUCGGCUACACGAAACCCGUGUGACACCACGCACUCCCCCCCGACUCCUCUGCUCUGCACUUGUCUCACCAAGACACUCCACACAAUUCGAGGGAAAGCCAACGGGCGCGCGGCACAAACUUUCCUGUGGAAAUCGAACCUACGUCCCAUCCAUGUGUUUAAUACACGCCGAUUGUUUUGUCCUUCCCAUGUUUGUUACAUUGUUCUUUUUUUUUUCCCCUCCUUUUUUACACUACAAAAAAAGAACAAGUACUAUUUUGUAAGAGUUGUGCUACCGCCUUGAGGUCAUCGGAGCUGUUUGACAAUUUGCCACAUUUUGAUAAUGGCAGCUAUGUUUGCACUUUGUUUAUUUUGUCAACAUGUUAUUUCUGUGAAAUCCUACAUUUAUUGUUACGCCAUGGAUGAUGUGUGUGUGUGUGUGUGUGUGUGUGUGUGUGUGUGUGUGUGUGUGUGUGUGAGAGAGAGAGAGAGGUUGUGUUCAUGUUUUGGAAUAUUGCUGUGAAUCUUGGUAGAAAGCCUCUGUUUGCUUUCCUUACUCAUCCCUUCUUCUAAAUUGAAAAAAGACGCACAAUGUUUGAGCUCUAAUUGACACAUUUUUAAUCACUUCAAUUAUCCAAGUCCUGAAGACUUGACAAAAUGGACUUAGAAACAGGGUAACUUUUCAAUUCAUAACAACUCAAUUCCAAAUGUUAUGUUUCUAUGUCCUGGUAUGCAUUUAAUCGUCUCUCCCCCGCCGCCGUGAAGCUUUUUGGCCUUUUUGGCCACUGUACUUGUGUCGCAAACCGUGCAGUGUUGUGCCAAAGUCAAGUGUGUUUUACUGUCCCGCCAACACGGCUUCUGGCCUUCAUGAUGCAUUUUGCUCCCUUUUGGAAGUCAGUAUUAUCACUACUGAACAUGAAUUUUUGUAUACAGUCUCAGCUUACAGAUCUCUGUAGGCCUGUUGGGCAACCUCAAGUGUUGGUGUGACUGCAAACACGCUUUCACGUUAGCGCCAAGCGCAAGGCAAAUACCAGCCUUGCCAUAUGUUCAAAUCACUGCCUGUGUGUCUGUGUGUGUGUGAGCGUGUGUGUGUCCAAUGGUACUCCCGGAUUAGUGUUACGUGAAACUUUCGCAAAAGGAAACCUUUGGACAAGCAGCCUUUGUGCGUUGUUGCUUUUGCUAGAGUGAAAGGAUUUGAUAGGCUGGCUUUUUUUAAGUAUUGUAUAAAUAUAUAUAUCUAUAUAUAUAUAUAUAUAUACAUAUACACAAGAUGUAUGAUAAUGAUUUGCAAAUCGCCCUUGGAUGAAAAUGAAAGCACAAAUAGCUGACAUUUUAUUUCUUGUCCAAAAGAAAUGCCAAAUUGCGUAUGUUUCUUUUGUAUGUUGUUCCUCCGACUUUUCCCGUACUUUGUAAUGCACUUUUGAAAAAGGAAAUGUGGUUUGACACAAUUUUUUGGGGCAGUUUGGUUUUAAGGUGUGAUGUGUAAACGUGUGUUCUUUUUAAAAUGUAAACCACUACCUGUAGACGUGAUAUGGCCGUUUUCCUGGAGGUGUCGUGUUUAUUAUGUCCCGGGGUGCCUGAACGCAUCAUGGCCGUCUGUUACUUUACCUUUUGCCACAUCUUGAUUUUAGUAGCUGCCACUGCACACAAUCUGGUUGUGUUUUCUUGGCUGGGAAACCCAAGUCCUUUUCACACUGCCUGCUAAAGUUUGUGUAACGGAGGCCAACUUCCCUCCCUGCCACCUAAGAGCUAGCAUUGGACAUGGUGUUGACAGCUUGGUGCUCUUCACCCUCAUUUGACAGUUGGUGGUGCCGUGACCCGGAUGGUACUGACGUGUCGGGGUGUGUAACGAGGGCCUGCCGGUGCGGCUGUGUUAGUAAAUCGAACUCCCUUACUCCUUAGCUUAUGCUUCAUAUUGCGUCGACAGCUUGGGCUUUUAGCUCAAUGCCUAGCACGCUCAACUAAUUUGGAGGACCGAGGUUCUGGCCUCGAGCGGGGCAGAAGCCGGGGCCGGACCAGGCGGGUUAUAAUGGUGCCGUGACCCAGAUGAGAGUGAAGUUUGUGUACUUACCCAAUUUGACGUUGCUCAGAACCAUCUGCUAUAGUAAAACAUGGCCAAAGACCAUGUACUAUAAUGAAGUUUUACCUUUAAAUACACGAUUACUCCAAAAACCAUGAUAUACGAUCAUUACCAUUCAGUACGUGGUUAUUAGCAAACACAAGAUAUUUAAAGGUAAAAGUGGCUUGGCUACACAACUAUACAUCACUGAUCAAGGACCUCAUCUAUAAAACUGGAAUUUGUAGUCUCCAAUGUUAAGUUUCAUAGCUCUAAUUGCGUGGUGAAUCAUACACAAUUCCUCUGCAAGCUUUAUAAAUGAAAGCCCAGAGUUGUCUGAAAAGUAUUUAACAACAGAUACUUUGUAUCUAGUUUGUAGGAUCCAUGUGAGUAUUGCAGGACUUCUGUGUAAAAAGGCUCAACUAGCCGCUCUAGAUUAUGGACUUUUUGCUGUGAAGUGUUUUGUGAGGGAAAUUAUAAAGUAAUUAUGCUUUUUAAGAUACCGUACUAAAAAUGGGCAUGGUGUGUAUUUGACCUACAAGUUUGGCUUUGCCCUUAAUCCCGCCGUAGCAUGGGAAGGUGUUCCACAAGGCAGGACCAAUGAACGGCUGUGCUUGGUCUUGGUCUAUGACGGGACUUCAAGAAGUCCGACAUGAAAGACAUGUGGUCUCAUUGGUCCUGUCACCAGAGAAGCCACCCAGUGUCUUUGCACAAACCCUAUUUCCAAGGACGUGACAGUAUUUUGAAAUGUACCACUAAAGAUUAUGGGUUACUCUGCAUGUUUUACUAGAGUUGUAAAUAUGUUUUGGAUUUUUAUAUUGUUUUUUUUCUUUCCAUGCUCACAAGCAGUUGUGUUUAAUAAAAUUUGUAAACUUCUG